UUAUAACAGGCAGGAGGUCAUAAAAAGAGAAAACUAAUAAAAUCACCAGAAUCACGAAAAGACCACUAUGUAAGUAAACCAAGAGGACAAGUUUAGGUACAUUGAGGUGAAUGUUGCGAUAGUCGUGUUGGCAGCUGCGGUAUAAUGUUACACUUAGGGGCCUGCGUUUUUACCCUUACGGAUUCACCAGAGAAAUACACUUUUAUCGGAUCUGUGUCCACACAACCGUUAAAAUACAUCUGUAGAACAGCACCAGAAAAGGCAAACUCACUCUGGAGGAAAUAACUUGAGCUCCUCGAUGGUUCCGAGAAAGCCGAACAGAGUCCUCAUCUGCUCUGAUGUUGUGCUCGGCGACACAUUUGUCACCUGGACCACAUUCGUUGUGUAACUCAUUUUUCCCGAAUUUAAAGUAGUUGAGAAAACGAGACGACCGUAUGUAACCUUACUUUAAACAAAGUAACGCAAACAAUAGGUUGCCAAACCAGCAAAAAUGUGUGUUGUAAGUGAGCUAGCGACAGGCUAACGACUUCGUCAACACACUGUAGCAACACGACGCCAUGUUGUAGUUCUCGUGUAAAGUGCGCAUGCGCGUAUACAAACUGAUUUCAAUGCGGAAAUAACCGAAAUAAGGCGAUAAAAACGUUAACUUAAAAUGUGAUUUAAUGAUCUCAGCCCUCGUCAAAAUUAUCAGCAAAUACAGAAUACUUUACAGGUGAAUGCGACACUUGGCAAAAGUUGCAAAUAACAACCACCAGAGGUCUCCCUUCCUCUUUUGUAGGCAAUCCAAACAAGAAUGUGGCCUAUAGGCCUACUAGUUAUUGUCUUUUGUGCCACAGACUGUAUAUACUAUACUUAUAUAUACUUACUAUAUAUACUAAACUUAUAUGCUAUAUAUAUGUAUACUUAUAUACUUUACUUAUUUACUUACAUACUUUGUUUUCUAUAUACAGUCUUUGGGUGUGACCGGUCACAAAGUAUGUAGUGAGAAAUAAAGCCUCUAUAUUUAGCCUAUUUUCCAUAAUCACAGCUUAGGUUUGGUUUAGCACGUUUGUUUUGCUUAGAAAGAUUUUAUUUUCAUUUUACAAUAAUAGCCCCCACACCACCCAAAAUUUUCUCACCUGAUAAUAUUUGUAUCCACGUGCCAACUUUAUUUCUAAAGCUUUUAACCAUAGACUGUAUAUACUACUUCUAUACACAAUCUAUGCUUUUGACCCUAGAACACUAUCGCUAAAAUUAGUGACACCAUCACUAUCGCUGGGUGAUUUUUACCCGAAAUAAAAUACCCAAGAAAAAGUCCUUGGCACAAUCAAAGCUGCAGGAGAGAGAACCAAAAUAUGGCAGAUUUUGAGUGAGUAAAAAUGACCAGCUGACAAAAAUAUUUCUCAUCACCAUAUGAAUUCCCUUGAAAAUCACUACUUUGUGAUUGUUAUUCAUAACCACUGCACUAAAAGAAGAUAGCAUGCAAAUUCCAGGACCACUCUUACUGACCUUAUUACCUACAUGUAGCUAUUAAAUCCACCCAAACCUACUUUACCCUCUAUCACUAUUGCCGGGUGAUCAGGUUUUGGAUCAGCCAGGUUUUGGGCUGUGUUAAACUGUCACUGAGAUGAAUCUAGAAAUACAGGAAUCUUUAUCUACUGAUGGAGAUGAUAUCAUUUGGUUGGAUGCCUCAGAAAGGGCUACAGAAAGGGUUUGAUUUGGUACUGUUUUAUUUAUUUUAAAACAGUUGACCAUCAGAUCUAAAAGGAAAUCACCCUUUAUAAACAGCAUUGCUCCCUCGAUAAGUAGACACUUGUUGUUUAAUGUUGAUCAAAGUCAGUCCACAUGUGUUGGCUGGUGGAGCCACAUCGACCCAGCCUCUGACAAAACUGCCUCUGGUGAAACUCUGCCUGCUAAUUGUGUUUUUUCCCAGGAGAAACAAUGCAGCCGUUGUCUUCAGGCUACGUAGAGCAUAAUCCCUACAGCUAGAUUAAAGUUGCACGGACAGAAGCAAGUUAAGGCUUUUUGUAAUCACACUAAAGAACAACGUUUCUUUCAAUUGACAUUUGUGCGCGCCGUACAGGAUCACUUAAAAUUAGCUGUAAAGCUUCCUUGUUGUUGUUGUUUUACAAUCAAUCUUUUACUUAUUCUAUUUAUAAAACAUAGUUAAAUAGUUUUGUAAUACAAAACAUUUCACCUCAGGCCAAUUCUGUCAUAAUCCUCUUUCUGAGAUAAAUUCUCACCUCUAAAAUUCUAAAAGUAAAGUAUGCAGCUAUGCAUAGUAGUUGGUUUGUUGUGUUAUAUGUGAAAUAAUCCCUUUUAAACACCCUCAUUUUUCGAAAUAUUAAAAUAAGCCUUGUUUAUUUAAAGUAGAGAUAAAUGUGAGACUUAUAUGGUUGUUGAAUUUAGAUCAAAUUCACUUCUGCCAGCUUGCACCAGAUCUGCAAUUCUAUCAUGCAUCUUUACUGUCAAAUAUAUUGCACCUAGUAUGACUCAGCUUAACUGUAUCUUAAGGGACAAAACCUGAACAAUUGAGACAAUUGAAGAAAAAAACACACACACACAAUCACAUGUACUAUUGCCACACAUGUGCCAGUUCUCUGUAAUUAAUAUUCCCUCCAAUAAAUCGGGUUUCAGAGGGGUGGCCAUGAGUCAUCUAACAGAGGAUAUACUGUAGGCACAAUGGGAUUCUUGUUCACGGUGCGACAUGAUUGGUUAGGAGAAAAGUUUACGGGGGCAGAUUGUUGCAAAUGUGAGGGGGGACUAAUAGAAUAAAUACCCUAAAUCCUCAGGGGGGACCAGACGCUUCAGGUUCUGAAGUUACCAGGGGUUUCUUCAAGAGUUUUGCUUUGUGCAGUGCCACAACAAGACGGAAACAUGGUCAGCCGGUGAGUUACAAUUAUUCUAUAUAUAGCUUUAUCCCAUAUAAACUGCAACAAGUUCAGCAGCAUGCUAUGAAGAAUGGGCUUUGUUUUUAUUUGAGAACUGUGUUUUUUAAUAAUUUCACCUUUCUGUAACUGAAUGUAGCUUUUGCAUGGACAUUUCACUUAGAUGAUCUUGUGACUUCUUCAAGCGGUCAGUGUGUCUGCAGCUGAUUAAGCUCCUGCAGGACUCAAAAGCUUAUGUGGAACCCUGAACUGCAUGACCUGAGAGAAAUGCAGCAUUUCAUGACUUCAUAUGACGGAUAUAUGAAUAGAGUUCACUUGAAAUUUUAGAAAAGUUUUAUUUUUUGUGUGCGAUGUUGAUGUCUCUGCUUUUUGAUAACAGAUUUGAGCACCCGGCUGGUGGCUACAAGAAAAUCUUUGAGACAUGCGAGGAACUGGCUGAGCCUAUUCCUGCAACAGUCACAGGUUUGACUGCAAAUUUCAGACUGAAAUAGAUUCAAUACAACCUUUUCUAUUCUUCACUCAUAACAGAUUUCAUGGCAGCAAUGUAUUUGGGCCUUCUAAUAACCCAUACAUUUCAAAAUGAGGUAUAACUUCUGCUUAUUAAUGUUUACAGGCAGGAUUCCUCCAUUUCUGAAGGGGAGUCUCCUCCGUUUGGGACCAGGGCUUUUUGAAGUGGGAGAUGAACCUUUUUAUCACCUCUUUGAUGGCCAGGCCCUCAUGCACAAAUUUGACUUCAAAAACGGCCAAGUCACCUACUUCAGAAAGUAAGACCUGAACGUCAGUGUUUGGCUCAUUUUUCAGGCUGUUAGCAAAACUUAGAUCUCAGCCCUGAAGGAGAAUCAACACAUGUGUGCAGAAAAUCUCCUGAGGGAGUCUGUGAAAGUUUGGUAAACACUGUGCAGACACUUUAAUAAACAGCAUGAAACUUUAUACUAAGUAGAAAUUACAUAAAGACGAUGAGUGGAGGUUUUGACACAGUAAUGAGUAAUUCAAUCACAUCUAUUAGUCAUUUGUUUAAAGCUCUGGUGAGGAGAUUUUAGUUGGUUAUGAAACGGACUGAAACUAAUCCUGAUGUCUCCUAAUGACCUACAAAAGCGAAAAAAGCCAUCUGCUUGAAGUUUGAUGUUUAUUUUUAUAUUUAUUUAUGAUGCCUGUAAACAAGAGGGCAGGAAAAAUUGCAAUCAAGCACCUUAAAACAGUCGCUUUUUUUACAUGGUCCAUAGCUAAAAUUUGGCUACCGUGAGAUUAUUAUUUAAAAAACUCUACUAACAGUGCUUAAAGUGAGUGCAGGACAAAAUUAGUAAAGAGUAAAACCCUUUUUUCCUGCAUUUAGGUUUGUCAGAACAGACGCCUAUGUGAGAGCCAUCACUGAGAAGCGUGUGGUGAUCACUGAGUUCGGCACCUUUGGAUAUCCUGAUCCCUGCAAAAAUAUUUUCUCCAGGUUGGUCACACCACAUAUGUUGAAAACACACUGACAUGUAAAGAUUUGAAUAACAUAUUUACCUGUCAUGUGGCCUUGUUUGUUUGUUUGUAGGUUCUUCUCUUACUUCAAGGGGGUUGAAGUGACAGACAACUGCCUGGUGAAUGUUUACCCCAUUGGUGAGGAUUAUUACGCAGUAACAGAAACCAACUACAUCACUAAAGUCAACACCGACAACUUGGAGACCCUGAAGAAGGUACAUGAAUGAAGGUAUAAGAUAUAGAAGAUAUAAAAAACCUGGACUCGUUAAGUUUAAACUUAAUGUAUUUACCCACCAGGUUGACUUGUGCAACUAUGUCAACAUUAAUGGUGUGACGGCCCACCCUCACAUUGAGAAGGAUGGUACAGUGUACAACAUUGGUAACUGCAUGGGAAAAGGAGCAUCGCUGGCUUAUAACAUUGUCAGGACCCCUCCCACACAGAAAGGUUAGUGAAGUCCAAGCAACACAACACGUGUUUAAAUAAAGUGGCAUCACCUUGUGAACUGAAUACUUUCAACCAAAACAUGUCUCUGAAUGACAACUCAGGGUCUAAUGAGUCAUUAAACUGAGAAAAAUGCCCAAUGAGAUACAUUUUUCUCUGUCAGGGUCAGUCAUUUGGAGAUUAUUAAAUCAAAACACUUUCAAGUACACCAUUAAAUUAGGCAUUCGGGUGUUUUUCUAGUGAGAAUUCCUCAAACAAAUGUAUUUUUAAAACAUUCAAAAUAUGCAAAUAGUUUCAAAAGCAUUAACGACAUUACUAUCAUUUAAAAAAGACUCUUAGAACAAGUUUAAACCAAAUACUAAUGCAAUAAUUUUGCUUUUCUUUCCCAAAGACAAAUCUGAUCCCAUUGAGAAGUCCAAGGUGGUGGUACAGUUCCCCAGUGCUGAGAGGUUCAAGCCUUCCUACGUGCACAGGUGUGUGUUAGUGGGGUCACACUGAGUAAGUUUCACUUGCAAAACCCCGAAAGGAGACAGAAACCUCGCACAUCCUCAAAUUGCUCCGGAGACAAAUCCAAAUCCAUUUGUCAUUGUCCCUAAUCCAUUUGUCAUUGAUGUCACCAAAAGUUACAUAUCCUGCCAUUCUCCUUUUGUUAUUUCCAGCUUUGGCAUGUCAGAAAACUACUUUGUAUUCGUGGAGACCCCUGUGAAAAUCAACUUGCUGAAGUUCUUGAGUGCUUGGAGCAUCCGAGGCUCCAACUACAUGGACUGUUUCGAGUCCAAUGAGACCCAAGGAGUAAGAACUCUGAGUAGAUUCAUGUCUUUGCUCACGUUGAUGCAUUCAUGUAACCUCUUACCGAAAUCUCACAUAACCUAUUCUAAUUAAUGUUUUCUAGACCUUGUUUCACAUCGCAAAGAAAGAACCAGGAGAGUACAUUGACCUGAAAUUCAAGGGAGCAGCCAUUGGCAUGUUCCACCACAUCAACACCUACGAGGACCAAGGCUUCAUUGUUGUUGACCUCUGUGGCUGGAAAGGGUAAUUGAAAAGCUCAACCUUCAAGAUUUGAACCUUCCAGUCCACGUCCUACAGUUCUGUCUAAUGUUGCUGUAUUUUUGUGCAGUUUUGAGUUUGUUUACAACUACCUCUGGUUGGCCAACCUGAGAGCCAACUGGGAGGAGGUGAAGAAGGCCGCCAUGAUGGCUCCUCAGCCAGAGGUCCGCAGAUACGUCAUUCCCUUGGACGUCCAUAAGGUAAGUCCCCUGUUUGCCUCACUGACAGGAUACAAAUGUGCAGUACAAGUCUCAUAUUGUUUGCUCUUAUCUUACUGUUGCUUAGGAGGAGCAGGGGAAGAACCUGGUCAGCCUGCCUUACACCACAGCCACAGCUACAAUGCACUCUGAUGGGACGGUCUGGUUGGAGCCUGAGGUGCUGUUCUCUGGGCCUCGCCAAGGUACAAUACAUGCGCUCAUGGUGUCAAUGAGGGCAUUAAACAGGAAUCUCAAGACUAUUACCCCAAGAAAUUAGUCUUUGACUAAUUUACCAUCAUAUACCAUGAUAUAUCAUUAAUUUAUUUUGUCAUCGUCAGUCCAAUUAAUUUGACUGACCAGACUUUUCUCGUUGUAGCCUUUGAGUUCCCUCAGAUCAACUAUGGGAGGUACCAGGGCAAGAACUACACAUACGCCUACGCCCUGGGUCUCAACCACUUCAUCCCAGACAGGGUGAGUUUAAAAAAAUCCUUCAGUUCAAUCCAGAGAGAGUAGAAAGGCUUUUUCAUUGACUGGUUUACUUUAAUGCAGAUCUGCAAGUUGAAUGUCAAGACCAAGGAGACCUGGGUAUGGCAAGAACCAGAUUCCUACCCCUCAGAGCCCCUCUUUGUGCAGACCCCUGAUGGAGUAGAUGAGGAUGAUGGUGAGUCAGCAGUGAUAUCAAAUUAAAUUAUUUAUUCUUUGAUAGGUGUUGUUUUCUAAAUAUGUGCUGCUGUCUCCCCAGGUGUGCUGCUGACCAUCGUUGCAGCCCCUGGAUCCCAGAGACCAGCUUACCUCCUCAUCCUCAACGCCAAGGAUCUGUCUGAGGUCGCACGAGCGGAGGUGGAGUGUGGCAUCCCUGUCACCUUCCACGGGAUGUACAAACCCUAAAGAUGCCUUUUUUUUCUCAGGGUGACAAAGUAGUUGUCCAUUUCAGGGCUGCUAAUUCAACUCAGUCAUAAAAACAUUAUCAUUAUUGAAUAAUUGUAUCAAUAUAUCAAUAAAACGCAAUUUUUUAAUGGUUGAAUGUAAUGACUAUAAAUACAUAUAUGUACUGUAUAUGUAUAUUUAUAGUCUAGCUACUGCAUCCUUUACAUGAAUGUACAAGUUUGUAACCCUGAAUUGUCACGACUGGUUUAAAAAUGGGUUUGUUCACACGCUGUAUCACAAGAAUUCUCCACGGUUUGAAAAAUAAAGCUGAUCAAAACUUAAAACA